AUGGAUCCUACAGCUUUGGCCCAUUCCACUGAAGCUAAUGACACAACCAUCCGGAAAAGGGAUUCCAGAUCACCUGGAUCUGACGGUAGGGCCCUCUGCACACCUGUGAGCGGCGACCACCUCGAGGCCAGAAGGCGGGUAGCUGUGAAACGUGGGGCGGCCGCGCGUGGGUUGAGCGCGGGCCGAGACAGCUGUGAGCCGGCCGGCGCCGCAGGUGCGGCUCAUUGGCGCCCGCGCAGUAGUGAAGAGCGCGGCGGGCGCUCCGCGGGGCUCGCUGUUGUCGCCGCUUUCCGCAACUGCGGGGGAGGAAGCGGGGCGGAGUCCCGGCGCGUGGGGGCCAUGCGGACGCUGGCUGGGGCUGGUCUGCUGCUGUUGCUCGCCGUCGGCCUCCCCCAGAGCCUAGGUGCCCCGGGUGCGUGCCCACACACACCGGUGCUCUCACACACAGGGCUGAAGUGUGGGAUCCCUGCUGUUGAUGUCGAACGUAGGACAACUGUCUUGGAUUCUGGCUUCUUCUCUGGAAGUACUCGCUGGAGGGAUUCAGCAGUUGGUGGACAACCGUGGCAGGUCUCCCUAAAAUUAGGCGAGCACCGUUUCUGUGCAGGAAGCUUGAUCCAAGAUGAUCUGGUUGUUACAGCAGCACACUGCUUGGUUGGCCUCAAUGAGAACCAAAUGAAGAGUCUGACUGUGACUGGGGGGCACAACCUCUUUCCGGAGGGUAAACAAGAACAGAAGAUUCCUGUUUCAAAAAUGAUUAUCCAUCCUGAGUACAAUAGACUUGGAUAUAUGAGCUCUGAUAUUGCACUGCUGUAUUUAAAACACAAAGUCAAGUUUGGAACUGCUGUUCAGCCAAUCUGUCUUCCCCAUAAAGAUGAUAAAUUUGAAGCAGGGCUUCUUUGCAUGACCAGUGGAUGGUGCAAGAUUUCAGAGACAUCAGAGUAUUCAGAUGUCCUACAAGAAGUGGAGCUUCCCAUCAUGGACGACAGAACGUGUAAUUCUGUGCUGACGGGUAUGAAUUUUCCUCUCCUGGGGAGUACCAUGAUGUGUGCCAGUUUUCCUGAUGGGGAAAAGGAGGCCUGCCAGGGAGACUCUGGAAGUCCAUUUGUUUGUAGAAGAGGCAAUGGACUCUGGGUCCUUGCUGGGAUAACUUCCCAGGGAGCUGGUUGGACUAGAGGUUGGCCUUUAAGAAAUAACCAUAGAAGGGCAUCACCUGGCAUUUUCUCCAAGGUGUUUGAGUUGGUGGAUUUUAUCACUCAGAACACAUUCACAGAUUGUAGAUCUGAGAGAACAGUGUUAUUUGGAGAAAAUGGGAAGGUUCGUUACCACCAUUCCAAAGAAAGCAGCUGUUCUCAUAAUUGCUUAUGUAUGUGGAAAAUAAUGGUACCAGAAGAUAAAAUUAUCCUGAUAAAAUUUGCAAGCUUAGACAUACAAAAUCAAGUUGGUUGUGACCAUGGCUAUAUAUCUUUACAAUCAAGCAAUGGAGUGCUUAUUAGUAAGGUCUGUGGAGAUAAAUUGCCUUCACCAUUGCUGACUGAGACCAGUGAGGCCACAGUUACAUUUGUUUCUGAUCCAGAAAACAGUGGCAGCAGCUUUGAGCUUACAUUUACUGCUGUUCAGAAGAACUCAGAAGCUGGUUCAGGCUGUGGGAGUGUAGCUGUAUUGGUGGAAGAAGGGAUGAUUCACUCUGCCAGUUAUCCUGACUCGUAUCCCAUGAAUGUAAAGUGUCAUUGGUUCAUUCGUGCUCCAGAGAAACAUAUUAUAAAGUUGGAAUUUGAGGACUUUAUCACUGAAUUUAGCCCGAACUGUAUUUAUGAUGCUGUUGUGAUUUAUGGUGAUCCUGAAGAGGAGCACGAGUUAGCUAAACUUUGUGGGAUCUUAAACCCUACUCCAAUACUCAGUCCUCAUAAUAUGCUGGUGAUUCAUUUUAAAAGUGAUGGUGAAAAUAACUUCCGAGGCUUCAAGGCUAGUUUCACCUUUUUGCUCUCAGACUCUUCAAACCAAGUUGGAUCAACAUCACCUCCUCAAACCAAUCUUGUAUCUUCUGCAAAACUUAUUCCAUGUGGUGAGUUGAUGGUCAUAUACAACAACAACAACAACAACAACAACAAAAAUAACCCAUCCCAGUACAAUGUCAUUAAUGUCAUCCUCUCUGCUAUAGGUAUCUGUGGCAUCCCUCCAUUUAGUCUCCAAUGGCUUUCCAGAAGAACUGUAGUGGGGGAGGAAGCCUGUCCCCACUGUUGGCCAUGGCAGGUGGGUGUGAGGUUUCAAGGCAGUCACCAGUGUGGAGGUGCCAUCCUCAACCCAACCUGGAUUCUCACUGCAGCCCAUUGUGUGCAAUCGAAAAAUAAUCCACUCUUCUGGACCAUUGUUGCUGGGGACCAUGACAGAACCCUGAAGGAAUCAACUGAGCAGGUGAGAAGGGCCAAGCACGUUGUGGUGCAUGAAGACUUUGAUAGCCGGAGCUUCGACUCUGACAUCGCCCUAAUACAACUGAGCUCUCCUCUGGCGUUCAACUCUGUCGUGAGGCCGGUGUGUCUCCCAGAAAGCACGGAGCCACUCUUUUCCUCUGAGAUCUGUGCUGUGACUGGAUGGGGAAGCAUUAGUGAAGGUGGCGGCCUCGCAAGGCGCUUGCAGCAGAUUCAGGUGCUUGUGUUAGAAAGAGAGGUCUGUGGACACGCUUACCGCUCUCACCCAGGAGGGAUCACAGAGAGGAUGAUCUGUGCUGGCUUUGCAACCUCUGGAGGGAAGGAUUUCUGUCAGGGAGACUCUGGUGGGCCAUUAGUAUGUCGACAUGAAAAAGGUCCCUUUGUCCUAUAUGGUAUUGUCAGCUGGGGAGCUGGCUGUGCCCAAACAAGGAAACCAGAUGUAUUUGCCAGGGUGAGUGUCUUCUUGGACUGGAUCCAAUCCAAAAUCAAAGGUCCUGCUUCACUUCAGAUAAAUAAUGAAAGAAAAACCUUAACAAGACAACAGUUGCCACCACCCACACCUUCAAUAGACAAUGAGUCUGGACCAGGUUGUUAUUCUGAAGUGGAGCUAGAAGAGCCCAGAGGCUUUUUUUCAACUCCAAGAUAUCCACUGGAUUAUAGAGGAAAACUGGAAUGUUCCUGGGUGCUCAGAAUUUCACCAAGCAGUAUGGCAAAAAUGACGGUUGAAUAUCUGUCACUCCCUGGGUCUCCAAUGUGUCCAGAUUCAGUUAUGACUAUUUAUGAAGAAAGCCACAGUGAGAGAAGGGUGUCAGGUGAAUUAUGUGGAAGAGGGCUUUACCCGAUGAUUUUCAUGAGCUCUGGACCACUGGUGAGGGUGACAUUUCGUUCCCUUGUGCAAGGUGCUUUGGGCAUAAGUUAUAUUGUCUUUAGAGUCCAAGGUCCAAAGGGCAGUAAAACUCCCAAACUUCUCCAAAGUUCAAACCAAGACCAUGUGGCCACUUAUGAGGAUGUUAUUCUGACUGAACCAGGAGGAAUCAUACAGAUCCCAAGAUACUCUCACAGAACCACUAUGAGUUGCCAUUGGAAGUUAUUAGCCCCUUUAGAUCACAUCAUUCGCCUUGAUAUUAUCAACUUCCAGAUGAAGUCGACACCCUUGGCCUGUCAGGGUCAUAUAUGGGUUUAUGAAGGAUUUGGAUCAGGCAAAAAAUUAAUAGGAAAAUUAUGUGCAGGAAAUUCACCUUCAUUAAAAUCUCGUGGUCCUCUAAUGAUGUUGAUUUUCACAUACAAUGUCAGUUUGGCGUUGGAAGAAUUUUCUUUGAGAUAUUCUUUUCAUAUUUCUGGUAAGUCUAUUGCUUUCAUAUAUGUUUAUGAAUAUAUUUUUGUUUGUUUUGUGCUUUAUUAGGAAAAAUCUGUCAUUAAAUAAACAGAUUGAAUUCUCUAUUAGUCAGCUUUGGGGGAGAAGAAAAGACAGUGUUUGAAGUAUGACUUCUGCAAUUUGUGGAGGCCUCCAGCUAAACCUCUAUAAAGUAUAAUAUCAAUCAGAUUUAUCAUUUUUUUUCUUAUAGCAUCUAAGAAUUUUGUCUAUUUUUCUGGAUAUUUAGGUGAUUAUAAAAAUAUAGUAGGAAACUUUUUCCUUAGCAUUAAAGUUUCAGAAAGUUUUUCUCUUUUGAAAUUAAUUUCCUUAAUGUGCUAAUAUCAAGAGCAAUUUGUUGUUUUUCAUUUUUUUGGUGGAUAGUUCAUUUAUAUUGGUUGCAGUCAGAUUAUUUAAAAAUAUGCUUUGGCCUACAUUCCCAUGGUUUGGGUGAAGACACCGAUAACAUUAUGAAAAAUCAGAACUAUUAAUCUAGAACUAUUGCAAAUCAUAGAAAUUGGGUAUCAUGGAGAAAACAUUUGCAACUUGGAAGUUAUUAGAAUUGCUUCCAUCCUUAAGAUUAAUCAAUUUAGGCGCACCUGGGUGGCUGAGUCAGUUAAACAUCUGACUCUUGAUUUUGGCUCAGGUCAUGAUCUCACAGUUCAUGAGACUGAGCCCUGCGUGGGGCUCCACACUCAGUGUGGAGCCUGCUUGGGACUCUCUGUCUCCAUUCUCUCUCUGCCCCUCCGCCUCUUCUCUUUCUCUCUAAAAUAAAUAAACUUUUAAUAAGAGAUUAAUCAAUUUAUACUCAUUAAAAAAUGUAAUUGGAAUACAAUUGGAGACACAUUCCUACUAAAAGUAUAUAAUUUAGUCUGGUAACAGUCUCUGCCCUAGUAGAGUUUAUAGUCUAGUGGAGGAGAUAGUCAGUAAUCAAAUAAUCAUACAGUAUAGAGUGAAGAAAGAACUGUACUGUUUUGAAGGAAAAAUAUAUGCAAAAAUAAUAUACAAUGGAGGGAUCUUGUUUAGUUUGGUAAAGGAUGGUAAUAGAAUUGUAGGAAAACUUAAGGUUUGUUUGUUCUCUUAUCACAAAGGCCAUAAAAUUUAUUUCUACUUACUGUCUCCUCUUUUGCUCUCUCAUUUUUUUUCUUAAAUCCAUUCCCAUAGGGCUUUCUUUGUUACCAUUCCACAGGCAUUGGACUUACCAAAGUUACUAAUGACAUCCCCACGUCCAGAUCCAACAGUUCCUUCUCAGCCCCAACAGCAUUUGGCCCAGAUAAGCUCACCUUCCUUUUGGAAUCUAUUUGUCUUGGCCUGAAGGAAACCACUCUCUGGCUGUUGUCUUACCUCACUGGUCUCCUUCAGCGUCUCUUGGCUGGUUGCUCUUUGUUUUCUCUACCACUAAAGGUAGAGGUGUCCCUGGACCCAGUCUUGGACUCUCAUUUCUUCUUUACCUGUACUCACUCCUUAGUGACCUCACCCAAUUCCUAGAUUUCAAUACCAUCAGUACACAAAUAACUCCCAAAUGCAGUGCCAAAUUCUUUUUUAUUUUUGACCUCCAGCACUGUAUCACCAAUCACCUCCCUCUCCACUUGGAUAUCUAACAAGCAUUUCAAAUUUAAUGUGACCAAAAUUGAACUCUGAAUUUCUUACCCUGACUCCAGAUUCCUUCCUUCACCAAUAUUUCCCAUCUCAGUGGAUGACAACUCCCAUUUAUUAAUUAAUUGUUCGAUCUAAGGAUAUUGGUCAUUCUUGACUUAUCUUCUCAUAUCCCAUAUUGUGUAUAGUUAAUCUGUGAGCUUUCCAGCAAGUAGUUCUGAGCAGUUCUACCGUAGCAUCCUGAUACAAGUCUUUGUUUAGUCUGUUUUACUCAUAACAGCUAGAAUGACUAUUUUAAAAUGAAUAAUUCAGAUUUUCAUGUUACUCCUCUGCUUAUAAUCCUCCAAUGUUUUCCCAGCUCAUUCAAAGUCCUUAGAGUGGUCUACAAGAUGCUAUAUAAUUUGGA